AAAAUAAAUCAUUUUGCUUCUUUUCAAGAAAUUUUUCGUUAUCCCUUUUUUCUGUGAGAGCGCGGUGCGACUGCUGUUUACGCACGUGACUUGGUAUUUUGACGUUUAUCGCGUUCGAAACGGCGCCGUGGUUGUGAUAACAUGUUUCAUGAGUGCUAGUAUGCGUAAGCGAUUGAGGCUUCUUUUAUGUCUCCGUAACAGUUUUGUCGGAAUUUCUAUACAGGAAGCAAAAAUGUCAGGAGUAAAAGAGAAGCAAACACAAUUUACUGUGCUCGUGGAAGGGAACAUAGGGAGUGGAAAAACGACAUUUUUAAACCAUUUUGCGAAUGAUGAUGCUUUAAUCCUUUCAGAACCAGUGGAAAGAUGGAGAAAUUUAAGAGGACAUAAUUUGCUUGGUCUGUUGUACGAAAAUCCAACGCGGUGGGCCCACGCUUUCCAAUCGUAUGUGCAGUUAACUAUGUUGGAUUUUCAUAUGCAACGCUCGAAUCAUCGUCUGAAAUUAAUGGAAAGAUCCAUAUAUAGUGCGAGAUAUUGCUUUGUUGAGAAUUUAAAAAAUAAUGGGAAUCUGGCUGAUGCUGAGUAUGUUGUGCUGGAUGAGUGGUUCAAGUGGCUUAUGUCCAGAGUAGAUCUGCGCUGUGACCUGAUUGUUUAUCUCAGAACAGAUCCAAAGGUUGUUCAUAAAAGAAUUGUAUCUAGAGGUCGUAAAGAAGAGGCCAACAUUUCAUUGGAGUAUUUAGAGAAACUUCACCAGUUGCAUGAGAAAUGGCUGUAUGAGAGAAGUGCGUUUUCUUGUCCUGCUCCUGUUAAGGUACUGGAUGCAAAUCAAGAUAUAAAGGAAAUAAAAGAAAAUUUCCAGAAGUGUCGAAGUGAAAUAUAUAAUGAUAUUUUCAUAAAUGAACCCAGUUCUUCAGUAAUUCAGAGUCCCACAUGAAAGGGCCAGAAUAUUUACCUAAAGCUUAGGAUCAGCUUCUUUUCAAGAAGUUAUGAGGCAUAACAUGCUGCAUUUACUGCAAUCAGUAUUUUGUAAAAGUUGAUUUUUAACCACUCAAGUGGAGUAGAUCAGUAGAUAAACAGAAUUUAAAGAGAUAUAAUCUCUGUAUUUUUCCAUAAGUUACUGCUUUUGUCAAACAAACUUCUGUUAAUCUUUCUUAUCAGUGAUUACCAUUUAUUAAGACACCAGCCAUCUGCACUACUUUCUCACUGCGUAGAAGUAACUAAGUGCAUUAUCUUUUUUCAUGUCAAUGUUCAAAUAGCAAGAGAAACUUCAGUAAAGCAAUUUGCCUUAGAAUGUUGUGUAUUUCACCAAAAAGAGUAGAAAAUUCACGCAAAAUGCAAUUGAAUACUUAAUCCCAAGUAAUAUAACUAUCUGUUAUGCAAAACAGAAGAAGAAAAUAAUUAAA